CGAAAAAAGGGUCCGUCGUCGGUUCGGCUCGGAUUAAAAUUUGAAUUUGUCUCCUUCGUACGGGGAAUAUCGACAGUGUACUAUCGUAAAAGCAAGUCAUACCGCAUACGGCAUCGUUUUUCGGUGAAAAGAAUAUAUGCGAACAGUGAAUUACAAGUGAAAUAUUGAAUUUUCUCUGGCGUUUGGAAAGCAACAACCAUCACGAAGAAAGGUGAAAAAAGUGCCAACAGCCAACUAGCUAGUGACGAAGUGCACAUACAUAGGGGCUGUGCCCUGAAGGGUGUGCCGCGAGAGGAUUUCCGGCAGCCUGCCAGCGACAUUAAGGGCCCUUUUAGAUAUUUUCGUUUACCAUUCGAAGUGAGGGGAAGAAGAAGAAGAAAGCGAAGUUUGUCGUAACUUUCCAUCUUUUUUUUUAAUUUUAUUUGCCUGUGUUCUUUCCGACUGAGUCGGCGAAGCCAUUUGAGAAAUAGGAGUAGGUAGCGAAGAAAAUUUCUGACAACUGAUGUGAAGUAGUUUGCUUCACUUACUGGUAGUGUGCAAGCAAAGUGGCAGCAAUUUUUUUUUCGUAAUCGUUUCGUGUUAACUAGUACCACGUAGCCGUACGGGAAGCUGACUACGUUCCGAAGUAUCAUAGUGUAUGCCAGUAGAUUGUCGAUUGAUACCGGGCAUUAUUGUUGAGGCAAAGAGAGAAGAACGAAAAAAACGUGAAUAGUAUUGUCCCUUCGGAGCAGCCCGUGUUCUCAACACAGCCGGAACAAUGUUGUCCACCAGUGCGGUGUGUCAUGGAUCAAACUAAAACGUAAACAAUAACCUUGAAACACCCUAUUCUGAAUUCGACGAGUGCGAGCAUCAGCUGAGCUGCCCACCCGGCAGCUAUUACGGAAAUUACGGCCAGUCAGCAGUAGCAGAUACUUCGACAACGGCUUCAACGACACCGGUGACGAUUACUAUGCCUCCUCAUACCAACAAUCCCCAAUAUCAGUCGCAACAACAACAGCAACAGCAGCAGCAGCAACAACAACAACAGCAGCAAUCCCAGCAACAGCAACAACCACAACAUCAACCACCACAGCAGUCACAAGGUCAGACACAAAGCUCGCAGGUCCAAGCGGCGGGGAAUGGCCAUAAUGUAACAGCGAGCGUUAACCGUGGAGUCGGUGAGCAGCAAACCAUUGUAGCUGCUCCCUCGGCUUCUCAUCAAGCGAUGUAUCCAUCGCAGCCUAUUCCGGCAGGUUAUAUGGCUGGCGGACCGCAUGGAAAUGCGAUGUAUCCGAUGCAGGUUAUUCCUCAACCUCUACCGGGAAACGUUUACGUAAGCAAUCUGACCGCGAAUGUUAAUGUGCAUGGUUUCAUGCCACACGGAAUGCCAGCUUCGUACGUGACAGCAGCAGGUACUCCACCGGGAGCAGCAACCGGGGCUUUCAUCGCUAGUGAGGUGCCACCUGGUGGGCACGAAAUGAUAGGUCAAGUAAUGGGGCCACGUGGAGGUGAUGCUCGCGGAGCAAUCAGGCGUACUGGCAGAAGCAGCCGUAUUGGAAGUGCACCUCGUCCACGCGGAGCGUUUGUACCACAUCACAUUGCGCAGCAGCCCGUCGUUGUUCAGCAGGUACAACCGCAGCAACCUCUACCACAGGGACAAACGCAGCCGCAGCAACAGCAACCGGCCACUCCACAGCCACCACAGCAGGGACAAACCCAGAGUCAAUCGUCGCAAGUACAGCAACCACCGCAACAACACACACCGGAGCUCGUUCAGCAUCCGAUGGCAAUGGAGCCACAACAAAUGAUGAGUCCUGCACAGGCUUACGGCUAUGGUGGCGGAUACUAUUUUCCGUUGCAGUUCUAUCAACCCCACGUACAGGGCCACCAUCCAUCGGCACAGCAUGCAACAGGUGCACCGAUUUUCCAAGUACCGAUGUACCCAACUCCAAUGUACAGUUAUUCACCAGGAGUCAUGUAUCCGGCAAUCUAUCCACCGGAGUAUCCAAUGUACGACGAUAAAGGCGACGAACACAAUCCUCAACCAGCACCCGAAGAGGUCAUGCAUCCAGCGAUGUGGCAACCACCGACAAUGUUGGAAUACAACCCAGACUCUGCAGAGUACAUUCCCCAUGAGGAUGACGGUACAAUGAUGCAGCCUGGGCCACCUACCAUGCAACCGAUUGCUCACGUUCUAGAUCCCAACGUCCCGAAUUUCACCAUGCAAAUGGGACCACCAACACCAAUUCCGGCGGAUGCUGACUACGGUGAGAUGACGCCAGCUCCCUCGGAUGAUUAUAAUGUCAUUAACAAUAACGCUAUGAUGUCUCCAUCUGCCAACUUAAUGUCGUCCCCGUCUUCGAAUGCUUCAUCACAGCAGAAUCUAACUCAGAGCGACAUAUACCUUGUGCCACAACAACAGCCGCAACCUCAACACGAGUCUCAACAGCUACAACAGCAGCAGCAGCAGCACCAUGCUCAACUUAUGGAACUACCACCGCACGAUACACAAAUCAUUCAUCAUCACGAUCAGCAAACGAUGCUCGACGACGACAACAAUUACAUCAUCGAAGAAGAAGACCAUCAGUCGCUUUACAAUCAACCGAUGAGCCCACCACCGCAGCCUCAGCACAUUCACAGUCAACCGGCUCCAAUCGAUAAUUGCUACAAUCCUGAACCAAUCAUUCAAAUGCAAACACCAAUGCAGCCUCCGGAACCAAUACCAACACUAACGCAAAGUCCACAAGUACAAGAAACAACGCCAGCGCCGGUGGUGGUACCUUCGGUCAUACAGACACCAGUUGCGGUCGCACCAACAGUAACAUCUACACAUAUUCCAAUACCAUUACCGAUAACUAUAACCCAUGUCCCCCCACCUCAGCUCAACAAACCACCUCCACCGAUUCCGAUCGAGUUCCUGAAAUUCGAACAACAACAACAACAGUUACAACAGCAACAACAACAACAACAACAACAACAACAUCAACAGUCUCAAUCAGUUCUCAGCGACCCCAAUAAUAACCCGAAAAAGAGAACUAACGAAGUAGCGUCUGUAGCUACGCCCGCCAUCGUCAACGAUAAGACUGGCAAUAACAGUGGUGAGGGCAAGCCUGUGCCAAGCAAUCAACACCACCAUCACCACCACCACCAGAUGAACACUAGCGGCGGCAGCACUGGCAGCAACAGCAGUAAGAGUCAGUCUACUUCUGCCGAAGAAAUGGCCCGCCUAACCAGAGCCGUUCAGGAGAAGUUCGUCCUCAAGGAUGAUCGCCGCAAUAUGGCCUAUCGUAGCACUUGGUCUUCGUCCUCGUCGCAUAUUCCAAACACAACGAUUUCGUCCUUCACAUCGUCCACAACCACCGUCGUGCAGCAUAACACUCAGCAGCAGAAGAAAGCGACCGCUUCUGUGUCGGUUUCGGCCAUCCCCAACAAGGAGUUCACCAGUAUCAGCAGCAGCAGCAGCUCUGUCAUGUCGUCGGGUCCGACUAAACCCUACCACAAGAACACCUCACCCGUUCCGUUUACAUCGCUGAAAACAACGUCCGCUCCUCUAUCGAUGCAUAAGCAGCAACCGCCGCCACUCGCGCCGCAGAAAUCCUUUUCGUCGAUCGACCAACAUCCGUCGGGGCUAGCACCGUCCAUGCUUGGCGGGCCAAUCAUGGAAUCGAAAAAAGUGGAAGCCAUUCCUCAUCGAGAGGCUCCGUUGCCUACGCCUCUUCCACCGCCCGGUCCACCACCGCUACUAUCAGUACCGCCUCCGCAGCCUCCCUACGCGCCAGGUCCCACAUCGUACGCGCCCCCGCCGGUAACUACAUCACCGCCCACUGCCAUGUCCUGGGCCAGUCUGUUUAAUUCAUCUUCCUCGUCGUCCAAUAUGUCAUCGUCUAUCCAGCCGGCAUCGGCCUCCAGCAGCAUCAUACCGCCGCCUGCUUCGAUCAAUUCACCAGCGCUUCCAACGCCAUCACCUUUCGCGCCCAGCUUUAUUCCACAACUUCAGCGUGGACAGCACUCGUCAGCAACGUCCUCAUCGUCAGCAUCGCACAGUGGAGCUCUUCCCGCAUCCGGGCUGGACGCAGCUUCAUCAAAAAAGCCCAUCGCGAAGGUGCUUCCAUUCGAUAAAACCGGCAGCAGCGGCGGUGGCAGCGGUUCGAGCACUACCACCGGAAUGUCCUACUCGGCUGCUUCCGCGCAAGGUUUGUCGUCCUCUUCGGCCGGUGGUUCCAGUGGUCAAUCAUCCGGCGGCGGCAGCGGCAGCACCGGCGGUAACAAAGGUAAAAGUGCGUCCACUCAGUCGCAGCAACAGCAGCAAUCGUCUGCCUCCAAACCGGAACAGUUGGACGAAAAUACGCUCAAACUAGGCGAAUUCCUUAGCGCUUACCAAAUCGAAAACAAUAGCAUCAGCAUCCAGCCCCGAGGCUUGAUUAACCGAUCGAAUUACUGUUACAUCAAUGCCAUCCUGCAGGCUCUGGUCGCUUGCCCACCGUUCUAUCAUCUGAUGCGCGCAAUUCGUUCGUUGCCAGCAGCUCGAAACAGCAAACACCCGAAGCCAUUCACCGAUGCAAUGACCUCGUUGGUGUCGGAAUUUUCUACACUUCAACUGCGUUCGAAGGUUCAACGUGAUAAAUCCAAAAAAGAGGAAACACCGGAAAUUCAUUACGAUUCCCCUAUCGAACCAGUAGUGAUUCACAAGAUUCUGAACCUGCUACGGUCGGAUAUUUUCCAGGUGGAGGGCCGACAGGAGGAUGCCGAAGAGUUUCUUGGCUGCGUGCUAAAUCGGCUCAACGAUGAGAUGCUUGAACUGAUGAAGUUGAGCAAAAAUGAGUCCGAAGUCAAUGGUGAGGAACCCUCUAACGGAGAGGUGCACGGGGACGACCAGGAUGAUUGGAAGGUCAUCCGUGGCAACCGGAACAAGGGCACCAUUACUAGAACGACCGAUUUCGGGCGCUCACCGAUCAGCGACAUCUUCGGAGGCAAGCUGCGAUCACGUGUGCAACGCGAAGGCGAUCACGCAACCGACAACAUUCAACCGUUCUUUACACUGCAGCUCGACAUUGAGAAAGCCGCUUCGGUGAAGGACGCGCUAGAUUUGCUGGUUGGCAAGGAUCAACUGGAGGGUGUCACCUGCUCCAAGACCAAGCAGGAAAUCGCUGCCUGGCAGCAGGUUACCCUGGAAGAGCUACCGAUCGUGAUGAUCCUGCAUCUGAAGUGCUUCGACUACAAGAUGGACGGUUGCACCAAGAUCCUGAAAACGUUGGAAUUCCCGAUCGAGUUGAAGAUCGAUUCAAAACUAAUGUCUUCGAAGGGUAAAACCUACACGGCCAAACAGAAACAGUACAAGCUGUUCGCCGUGGUUUACCACGACGGUAAGGAGGCCUCCAAGGGUCACUACAUUACGGAUGUAUUCCACGCCGGUUACGGCAGCUGGAUUCGUUACGAUGAUAGUACGGUCAAGGCGGUACCGGAGUUCAAUGUUCUGCAUCCAAAGGCACCUCGGGUGCCGUAUCUGCUCUACUAUAGGCGGCUCGAUACCCAUUCUUAUGGUGGUAGCAGCGGAAACAGUAGUGCUGCUUCCAGCAGCAAUAGUUCCGGCAUGGGAGCACCCGGAAGUUACGGUAGUAACGCUAGUAACAGUUCCAGUAGCAGCAGCAACAACAACAAUAACAAUAACAGUAGCAGUAACAGUGUAAAUAAUAAUAACUUCAGUUCCACUGCAAACAGUUACAGUGCAAAUAGUGGUUACGGUGGUGGCAGUGGUUCGAAGUAAACGAAGUCGUGGAAGAAAGCCACCAAUAGGAACAGUGAACAUUUGCAAGUGCAAAGCGAACGAAAAAAGACGUUUUUAUCUAGUUUUGUAAGUGUUUGUCGUAGGGGUGAGCUAGGAUAUUUGUGUGUGUGUGUCUGCGUGUGUCCCUAUAUACUAAGUAAGUUAUCCGAUCGCGGACGGUGUGUUAUUCCGAGCAGCACGAAUUUUCGAUCAUUGGGACCCAGCUUGUUUUAGAGAAUUUUUUGUAUGCUACAACAACUGGUAGAUGCGAAGAGAGGAAAAACUACGUUGCGAAAAAGGGCGAUCAAAUCGCCGAGGAUCAACGAAAAAAAAAAACGUAAAAUCAACCGAAAAAAAACUAGUUUAGAGGUAGCUUUUCUAGAGAGACAUGAUUAGGGAAACCUGAAACCAAGAAAAAAUUCAUUAUCGUAUUUUUGCGUAGAUCAUGUAAUUAACUUUUUAUUUGGCUACUCAUUUGAAAAGGGGGCUUUGUUUACUUUGACAAACUUAUUGUAUCGUUUAAGUUCCUCUGGGUAAAACAGGAUUCCUGCUGUAGUGAUACGAUACAUACUGAACUAUUUGUUUUUGUAUAAUCACAUUAAACAUACAUCUUUUAUGCAACCAUACCUAUUUUGCUAACCUUUGAAAGCGGGAAAUAUGUUCACAGUUUUUUCUUAUUACAUGAGUUUUUAUAAGCAUUACGUCUAACUUAUAGUUUUUUGAUCAGAAUAAUAUCUAUCUUAUAGCAUUCAAAUAAUCAUGCGAUCCGAAAAAACUACCAGAUGUUACCCAGCGCCAUAAGUGUAUGGUAAGAGCUGUGUGUGUAUCAUCAUAUGCUUAUGGCGUUGGUAGUCACCGGAAACGAAUCGCAACUUAUGUUACUACAAUUAUUUUCUUUCCUUACUAUAUCUUAGUUGUAUCUCUAAUCACCUUUGAUGUUAGGAACAUUUACGGCAAUAAAUUAUUACUCUAAUACACAGAAUAGAACGGCAUACUACUACCUGUAUAGUUGGUGUUGCCUGUGGUCUGUUACAAAAGUGAGGCAUUGCGAAAUACAAAAAAAAAAAUGUGUGCACGAUGAUAGUUGUAAAACAUAGUUUCGUUUGGUGAUGAUGAUGGCAUCUAGCCAAACUGUAGAAAAUCCCCUUUCCUGGUGGUUUCCUCCUUUUCCUUUAAAUCCUAUAUCAAUGUAGAAUACUAUCGCUAAAAAUUGAUAUCUGUCGUAUUUUAUUAACCAUACAAUUGGCAAUUUGCAAGGAAACUACCCAACCUUGUUGUGUUGUAUGGCAUAAUUCUUAUUUACUUCCAUUAACAUUUUAGUCAGUGAAUCACCUGGAACCUUAACUAAACUGUACUGUACAGCAAACAUUUUGUGACAUACUGCACUGCACUGCGAGAUGUAGUUUUUCCUAUAGAAAGUAGAAUCCGAUCCGAUCGAUCGAUCCAUUGUUCCGAAUGUUUAACGAUUCUAGCGAAUAGAUCAAGCGAUCGUGCGCAUCCGACGAAAAUGAGACUUGAAUUAACCAGCGCGGAAUUCUUGAAGCGAAGCCACUACGCGCACGUGUCCGACGUGUUCGAGUAGUGAGCCGCUAUCAGCAGUUUAAUGUAGAAUGUUCCGUAUUUUAUGUGUAUCCGUUAUAAAAUGUAUGAAUUUUCUUAUUCUAGUUUACGACAUAGAAAUUUAAAAAAAAACAACUACUCGCACGGCACGUUUUAACUAUUUUGAAACGUAAUCGUAGUCGAGACGCUUUUCAUUUGUUGGAAUAAAAACGUACGAAUAAUCAUUGUUUAAUCGGCAUCUAAACUGAUUGUUUUUACAUGUUGCAUCUUGCACACAAACCAAACUGUGGCAGUUCGACUUUACUUUCUUUUAUAGAUGGGAAUUUUCGAGCCGAAUGCAUCAUCCAAAUGGGUCCGAAACAUUUACUGGGUUGGCACGUCUAUAGAAUGUUCGUAGUCACUGUUAGAGGUAGAAAUGUGUAUGACGAAAAAGCGCAAAAAAUAUGCGGUAGACUUAAAAAUCCGAAUGUAGAUUUGCAGGUAUAAAGGUAGGACUGAACACUGUAGAGAUUAACGAUAGAAAGGUGUCGGCUGAGUAGACUAGAGUAGUAGAGUAGAGUGAACUGCGCUUUCCGUUGUCAUCUUUUGUGCGAAGAAAGAAAGAAAGAGAGAGAGAGAAGCCGUUUUCUGAUCCGUUAGGGCUGUGUAUAACAUUAAUCCGAACGUAAAGUUCAACAAAAUCGCUACUUUUAACUAAUAUACUAUAAUCUAAUCAUUCUAGCGCUAGAAAGGUAAGGAAGUCAAACAAGAUUUAACAAUAUGCAUAUGUCAAACAUUCGCAGCAAACACACAGUAAAAAAAACGAUAGAAUUAGAGGAACAAAAGUAAAAACAAUAGGAUCAAAACAGCUAACACUAUCUGUAACGCAGUAUACUAGCCAAAUUACGUUUAAUUUCUUGGGGAAGUGAGAAAAUCGAAUGCCCAACACGCACGCAGUAAUAAAAUGGUUGAAGUAGAUAUGAGGGUAACAAAACAUUACUGAAAACAGCAAGUUUUUUUUUAGAACGUAAGUUCUUUUUUUUCUACUAGCCGAUAGUGUGCUGCAACGGCGGCGGUAGUUUUACGUACCCUAGGAUGUAGCGACUGUUGGUGUGUCAUGAAUCGGUUUGAAGUAAAACAAACAAAAAACGUUACAAUCGAUUCGAGUUCGUACGAGUUCAGUAGAUAAGUGCACUUACUAAUAAAAAUAUUUAAACCUUGGGUGGAUGCAGCAGUAAGCUAACGGCAGUCAUAUUUGAACCACAUAAAAUAUAACGUACCCCCAUAACAUCAUUAUAUUAAACAGCGAACUAUUCCGAUAUAGAUGGAAACGUAUGAUUAAAAAAAGCUUAUGAAUUAUUUACCUUAUAUGUUUAGUUCGGUUUGCGAAUUGUAAUAUUAUUUACUGAAUUGGUAUAAAAACAAAAAGAAAAGCACUGAAAACUAUCCUCAACCAUUGCUCAUUUCCCUGAUGAGGCAUUGCUCUUAUGUUCCAUGAUAGAAAUUCCUUCUCUUUUUAAUUACUAAAAGACAAUUCGAACUGUGUUUUUUUUUUCGUGGAAAGUUAUAUGAAACACAUUUAGAGUAAAAAACAAAGAAACUGACACACGAUUGUCAUUAAAAUUAUGUAACAUAUGGAAACAAAAUUUAAACAAGACUAGGCGCUGCGUAUGAAAAAAAUAAA